AUCAUCUCUUUGCAAUGGAGCUUUUCAAGGUUGUUGCAGACUCUGUCGAAGACAGCGCAGACCUAGCCGCUCAAGCAGUCGGCAUCGCCCACCGCACCCAAAAUGGGGUUCUUGAUGCCACUGGUGUCAAUGACAUCCUAGCUGCUCCCAUUAAGGAUAUCAGUGAUAAGAUUUAUGACACAAACGAGAACCUUGUGCGCGAAACUGGGCGUAAGACUGCCACGUUACUCCGAAAGUUCGGUGACUCAAGCGAACAAGUCCCGAAUGAAGAGAACUCAGAGACAGAGCCAGACAACCUGCCGGGUGCCCAGCCUAGCGACAGCGGCCCUUAUCCCUCCCGUCCAGAUCAUCGCGACCAUAUCUACGAGCCUAUUGACAAGCCUGUGGACAACUAUAUCGACCUUAGAGACAAGUGCCCAGAGGUAUACAGUCAGAAAGCUAUGAACAGUUGUGUUGCUCAUGCCGUCGCUGCCGCAUUUGAAUUCGAUGUUCAAAAGCAAGGCCUACCCGCGUUUUCACCCUCUAGACUUUUCAUCUGGUACAACGCUCGUGCAAAGUCAGAUAACCCAGAAGACAUUCAUAAAGAUGUUGGCAGCAAUAUAAAGGAUGCCAUCAAAUCUCUUGACAUGCACCGACAUGGAGUCUGUUCUGAGGAAGAUUGGUCUUACGAAGUAGGCCAAAGCGAUAAGAAGACGCAUAAAUUCUAUCCUGGAGCUAAAGCAGCGAAGAAACCACCAACUCGAGUGGAGCAUCAUGCCCAUCAGCACACUGCACCAUCGUAUCGAACUUUUCCGCGGAAAGGCAUUCAAAAGGCGAUUAUACAAUACCUUCAUUCGGGAUACCCUGUUGUAUUCGGGAUGAAGACCUAUGGUUUGCUCGAUAGAAAAUAUAUCAAUUCAGAUGGCCGUGGACUAAGGCACCCGACUGCCAAGGAGAUGAAAAAUGAGCACAGGCAUUCGCUUCUUGUAGUUGGAUACAACCAGGAGGAGAAGUUAUUCAUCGUUCGCAACUCAUGGGGAGCCAACUGGGGUGAGAAUGGCUAUUUCUAUAUGCCAUACGACUAUCUAAAGCAUUGCUAUGACUUCUGGACUAUCCGUCUUGUGAAUUCCUCUUCGAAUACAUCUUAGUAUAAGAGAUUAUUAUAUUUAAUAUAGCAAAUGUCUCUUAUUCAAUAGUAUAACUCAUUUUGGGUCUUCGGACAGGCG